UACUGCUUGUAGACGUGCAUGCAGUUUUACCAUUUCAUUGAGAUGAGCCGGUAAAUUUCCAUCCUCUGGAAGUUUAAGGGAACAUAAUUUCCUUAGCACGCAUAGCACUGAUGGUAGCCCGCUACUCUUAUGAACAGAGCAGAGUGAGUCCCACAUUUCUUUCGCGGUUUGCUUAUUCAUAAUAUGAACCAGUUGGUUAUCGUCCACCGUUGCACUAAUCACUCCACGUGUCUUUGCAUCACCAGUUUUCCAGUCAUUAGUCGGAAUUUCCGGCUUAGCAUCUAUCACAUACUUGGAUAAAUCUUGCCGCAAUAAUUCCAUCUCUACACGGAAUUUCCAAAUUUCAAAAUUAUCCUCUCCCAAACGAGGGAGUACCACUUGCAAAGACGUCAUGAUUACACCGGAGUUUUUAAUACAACAGAACAAUUACUGGCACAAACACUGGGCCCAUAACCUGUUAAAACAACGACGAAAAGCAAACCAUCAACCGAGAAAUGAACGCGACGAACUUUGAUCAAAAAGAACAACGGCCAAGCUUCGAUGUUAAUUCUUUUAUUCCUGAGACGCAACUGUACAAGUUCACAAUUUUUCGUUCGCUUAUAUACUACCGUACACCAGUACUGUCAAACCCAAACAACAAAACGUUGCUUAUUCUUAACAUACAAAUCUUCGCGAUUUGAAAAAUGUGUCAGCAUUUUGUCACGCCCGUGGCCUCCCGUCUGAUGAAAUGCCGCGUAUGCGAUUAUCGCACCGUCGUGUAGAGACCAUGCGUAAAUAUAAACAAUCAUUGCCUUGCGGCCGUCAAUUUGAUGAUCAUUGCCGUUUCCCGCCUCGAAUGGAUCUGAUAUCGCGAUAGUGCGUGUUCUACAAUAAUCCCCUUGUUUUUGUAAAUUCCAGAAAUUUGGUAUCAUAAACAGAGUUCUUCAGAAUGGUUAGCGCCAGUAUGAUCGAUCAUUCGGAUCAGGUUUUAGUGAGCCUGGGAGAAUUAUGCAUAUCGGAUGAUUAUUCCGAUGUAACAUUCGUCGUAGAAAACGAGCGUAUUUCAGCGCACCGCGCCAUCCUAGCAGUACGGUGUGAGUACUUCCGGGCGCUUCUGUACGGUGGUCUGGAGGAGAGUAAGCAGACCGAAAUAACGCUUGAUGUAUCGUCGACCGCUUUCAAGCAUCUGCUCCGAUACAUCUACACCGGCUCCUUGGAAUUGAAGGACAUGGAGGUGGACGAUAUACUGACUUUACUCGGAUUAGUCCACCAGUAUGGUAUCACUGCCUUCGUGAAAGCCAUCUCAGACUACCUGUAUGGAGUUUUGACUGUGGAGAAUGUGUGUACCAUUGCGGACGAGGCGCGUCUGCUCGAUCUAAAGGAUUUAAUGGAGAAAUGUUAUGAAUUUAUUGAUGAAAACACGCGGAGCAUCAUACAACAAGAAUCCUUCAGCAAAUUGUCAUACGACAUGCUUAGCAGCGUGAUCGAUCGCAAUAGCUUAAACAUUGAAGAGAUCGAAAUUUUCCAAGCCACUCACAAGUGGUGCAAGAGCAACGAAAAUAAGUGGUGCAAAAUAGGAGAAAAGAAAAAGUCUAUUUAUGAUAAAAUACGCUAUGAAGCAAUACCGCGCAAUAGUUUACUUGACAUAGUGCGUCCUACUGGCGUUCUAAAUCCGAAUCGAUUGUUGGAUGUAAUAUCAGCUCAAGAUAAAACCGGUUUUCAUCCCUACCGAGCUGGUUCAUCACCGGGUAAAGACGUAGCUGCAAAUGCGAAAGUGGAAUGGACAACGGCUGCAGAACAUAAUCAAGUUCGUUUUGACCUUGGUAAACGAUACUUUAUCAAUCAUGUUUACAUUACUACGGGUGCACCAACAGAACCACAUUCUCCAGGUACCGUUGCUUAUUCGCUAAUUCCGAAGCAGGAAAGUCUGUCGGUAUCAUCUGAUGGCAACUCAUGGUCCACCGUGUCUUUGGGACUAUAUAACACCGCUUAUUUCCAGAGCCAUCCAUCCAUUAGCUUCCGUAUGCAACCAGUGCGAUACAUCCGCUUUCAAACACCGUAUUAUAAAGAGAAUUCCUCGAUUUCUAUAUCGGCCAUGUUAAACCCUUUCCAAGGUGCACAAAAUAGUGAAUCGCCUGCUAAACCUCGUUAACCGGACUACACGCCCCUUUUUUAUUUAGUUUUGUUUAUCAACUUAUAUUAUGAUAGAUAUGGUUAUCCAAUUCCAAAAUAUAUUAGCAUUGUUAUCGA